CCUGGGCCUGGGCCCGGGGGCGGGGGGCCGGGCCCCGGCGCCCACCGUCAACACCCGCUUCGGGAAGCUGAGGGGCUCCCGCGUGCCGCUGCCCAGCGAGAUCCUGGGCCCCGUCGACCAGUACCUGGGGGUGCCCUACGCCGCGCCCCCGACGGGCGACCGGCGCUUCCUGCCCCCCGACCCGCCCCCGUCCUGGUCGGGCGUCCGGAACGCCACGCGCUUCCCGCCCGUCUGCCCCCAGAACGUCCACACGGCCGUGCCCGAGGUCAUGCUGCCCGUCUGGUUCGCCGCCAACCUGGACGUCGUGGCCGCCUACGUCCGGGACCCCAGCGAGGACUGCCUCUACCUCAACGUCUACGUGCCCACCGAGGACGUAAAGCGGAUUUCCAAGGAAUGCGCCCGAAAACCCAACAAGAAAAUAUGUAGGAAAGGAGGAUCCGGCAGUAAGAAACAGGGCCAGGACUUAGCCGAUAAUGACGGGGACGAAGACGAAGACAUCCGGGACGGGGGCAGCAAGCCGGUCAUGGUCUACAUCCACGGCGGCUCCUACAUGGAGGGCACCGGCAACAUGAUCGACGGCUCCGUCCUCGCCAGCUACGGGAACGUCAUCGUCGUCACCCUCAACUACCGCGUCGGCGUCCUCGGUUUCCUGAGCACGGGAGACCAGGCGGCCAAGGGCAACUACGGGCUGCUGGACCAGAUCCAGGCCCUGCGCUGGGUCAGCGAGAACAUCGCCUUCUUCGGCGGGGACCCCCGACGCAUCACCGUCUUCGGCUCCGGCAUCGGGGCCUCGUGCGUCAGCCUGCUGACCCUGUCCCACCACUCCGAGGGGCUGUUCCAGAGAGCCAUCAUCCAGAGCGGUUCGGCCCUGUCCAGCUGGGCGGUCAACUACCAGCCGGCCAAGUACACCGGCCUGCUGGCGGACAAGGUGGGCUGCAACGUGCUGGACACGGCCGACCUGGUGGACUGCCUGCGGCAGAAGAGCGCCAAGGAGCUGGUGGAGCAGGACAUCCAGCCGGCCCGCUACCACGUGGCCUUCGGGCCGGUCAUCGACGGCGACGUCAUCCCGGACGACCCGGAGAUCCUCAUGGAGCAGGGCGAGUUCCUCAACUACGACAUCAUGCUGGGCAUCAACCAGGGCGAGGGCCUCAAGUUCGUCGAGGGGGCGGUGGACCCCGAGGACGGCGUCUCGGGGGCCGCCUUCGACUACUCCGUGUCCAACUUCGUGGACAACCUGUACGGCUACCCCGAGGGGAAGGACACCCUCCGGGAGACCAUCAAGUUCAUGUACACGGACUGGGCCGACCGGGACAACCCGGAGACCCGCCGCAAGACGCUGGUGGCCCUCUUCACCGACCACCAGUGGGUCGAGCCGUCGGUGGUGACCGCCGACCUCCACGCCCGCUACGGCUCGCCCACCUACUUCUACGCCUUCUACCACCACUGCCAGAGCCUCAUGAAGCCGGCCUGGUCCGACGCGGCCCACGGCGACGAGGUGCCCUACGUCUUCGGGGUGCCCAUGCUGGGCCCCACCGACCUCUUCCCCUGCAACUUCUCCAAGAACGACGUCAUGCUCAGCGCCGUCGUCAUGACCUACUGGACCAACUUCGCCAAGACCGGGGACCCCAACAAGCCGGUGCCCCAGGACACCAAAUUCAUCCACACGAAGGCCAACCGGUUCGAGGAGGUGGCCUGGGCCAAGUACAACCCCCGCGACCAGCUGUACCUCCACAUCGGGCUCAAGCCGCGGGUCCGGGACCACUACCGGGCCACCAAGGUGGCCUUCUGGAAGCACCUGGUGCCCCACCUCUACAACCUCCACGACAUGUUCCACUACACGUCCACCACCACCACCAAGGUGCCCGGGCCGGACGCCACCCGCCGGCCCGGCCCCCCGGCCCGGCCCACGCAGCGGCCGGCCGGGGCCCCGGCCUACAGCCACGAGGGGGCCCGGGACGGGGGCCGCGCCGCCGCCGGCCCCCCGCCCGGCGCCGACCCCCGGGACUACUCCACCGAGCUGAGCGUCACCAUCGCCGUGGGCGCCUCCCUCCUCUUCCUCAACGUGCUGGCCUUCGCCGCCCUGUACUACCGCAAGGACAAGCGGCGGCGGGACCCGCCCCGGCCCCCCAGCCCCCGGCGGGGGCCCGAGGAGGAGAUGGCCGCCCUGAGGCUGGGCCCGGGGACCCCCGAGGGCGAGGCGGCCGGGGCCGACGCCGCCCCCCGCGACGCCCUGCGCCUGGCCGCCCUCCCCGACUACGCCCUGACGUUGUGCCGCUCCCCGGACGACCCCCCGCUGGUCACCCCCAACACCAUCACCAUGAUCCCCAACUCCCUGGUGGGGCUGCAGACCCUGCACCCCUACACCUUCGCCGCGGGCUUCGCCGGGACGGGGCUCCCGCACUCGCACUCCACCACCCGCGUAUAACCGCCGGCCCGGGGGGGCGACGCCGCCCUCCCCCCGGGGGCCCGGGCGACCCCCGGCCUCCCCGACGGCCUCCCGCCUCCGCUCGCGCUCUCCCCUCUCCGCC